UCUCUUUCCCUAACGUGGGCAUGCACCUCUCGAUUCCUGACGUCGGAUUGCAACCCAAAUUUGGGGGGAAACCCUAGCCUUUAUCCGAGGUCUUGACUCCGCCUCCGGAUCGACCCCUUGGCGGAUUACCGCAGCGAGACAUGGAGGGGGAGUGUCGAGUUUCAGUCGAAUUGGAGGGUUUUGUGGGAUCGAGUAGAUGAAGGAUCCUACCGAUCGAACGAAGAUCGUGGUUCGGCGUCAGGAAUGAAGAAGCAGGCAAGCGUGACGGUGUUGUUCCUCCGCCGCUCAGCAUCAAUUGGUUUCUUUCUCUGAACUGGCCUGGAAAAGUGGAACCCUAACUUCGAACCUUUGUCAUCUCUGGUGCCGCUGGAAUUUCUCCUUGAAGUUAUUUGAUGCCAACAUGAUUGCUUCAUGCAAUGCUUCGAAGAGGACUCCUAUCUCUUGGGUAUGGCAGCAAUAUAUCCUGGAGCAGUGCAUACUUGAAUAGAGAUGGAUCAUAUCCCAAUUUGGUUUCCACUGUCUUCCAGAAGCGCUGGAUGACAAGGCAUCGAAGGGUACAAGAUAGGAGCAAGAAGAAGAGAGUGCAUGACCUCGAGAUUGCCACAGAAUGCUGGAAGGUCGUUUCAAAAAUUUUAACCAUAAUGGAGGUGUUGAGGAAAGAACCAGAACAAGUAAUCCCGCUAAAAUUGUUGGAGCGGUAUAGGCAGCAUAUCAAUCUAAGUAAGCAGCACAAGGUUGAGGACUUCAUCCGCAAAUCUCCUAAGCUGUUUGAGCUCUACAGGGACACAAAGGGGGUAGUCUGGUGUGGAUUCACAGAAAAAGCUGAGGAUCUUCUUGAACAAGAGGCUAGACUUCUGGAAGACCACUCGCAGAAGAAUGUCGAGUACGUUACGAGGCUUCUCAUGAUGUCUGUCGAUAAAAGGCUUCAUGUGAAUAAGAUAGCAAAUUUUAGGAGAGAUAUGGGCCUUCCUUAUGAUUUUAGGCAAACGUGGAUUCAUAUGUUUCCUGAACACUUCAAAGUUGUGAGAGUAGAAGAUGAUGAAUACUUGCAACUAAUGUCCUGGAACCCUUCAUGGGCAGUUACAGAGUUAGAGAAGAAAGCUAUGGCAGCAGGAGUUAUCGCAGAGCUUCAACCUGAACCUGGAGUUCUCUCCCUUCCUUUUCCUUUGAAAUUUCCACGAUAUUAUAAAGUUUUUAGAUAUGGUGAACAGAUUGAGCAUUUUCAGAAGAGGAAUUAUUUGUCACCAUAUGCCGAUGCCACAGGACUAAUGCCUGGUUCACAGGAGUUUGAUAAAAGGGCAGUGGCUAUUAUGCAUGAGAUAUUGAGUUUUACCAUAGAAAAGAGACUUGUUACCGAUCAUCUCACUCACUUCCGGCGUGAAUUUGUAAUGCCUCAAAAACUAAUGCGACUUUUGCUUAAGCAUUGUGGCAUAUUUUAUGUUUCUGAAAAGGGGAAGCGGUUUAGUGUCUUUCUGACGGAAGCGUAUGAUUGUUCGGAGUUGAUAGAUAAAUGUUCUAUAGUGCAGUGGAAGGAGAAGGUUCUCAAACUUACUGGAUAUAGAGGAAGAAGAAAGAAAAUCAAGACUUACGAGUCUUCUGAUUUUGAGAAUGAUUUGAUUGAUAGAAACCAUGACAAGGAAAUUGCAUUUGUAGAGGUUGAACAUGACGAAAGUGUAGAUGCAAUUGACGAUAUUUUCAUAACAGAUGAAUCUGAAAUGGACAUUAGAGAAGUAUAUGAUGCAUAUGAAGAUUGAACCUUCGAUGUCAGGGCAUGAAGUAAAAUCUAAGCCAGUUCAUGACUGAGUUCACCUCAUUCAACCAUUAUGAUUUCACAAGAUCUAACAAAAUCCAAGUCUAGAAUAGAAGAGUUUAAAUCUGAAGAGAUUAAACCAUAAAAAAAGUGUCCGAACAUCAUAUCAAAAUCUGGCGAUUGAUAUUAGUGUUCACUGACAUCGCCGGCCAUCUCAAGAAUCAGAGACCACAGUAGUGGUGGCGGCACAGUCGAAUCCGCACCGGCAGCGCGGGCCUACAUAGGAAUAGAGCUCAUCCGUGCUCCUCGCCGCCACAUUGAUCCCGAACCAGAGGAAGAGGAAACCCCUCUCAGGUUGGUCCACGACCCCGACCGGGCCGGUGAUCUUCUUUUGGUAACUCAACAAGUAGCCUCCGUCGGAGACCUUGAGCUUGCAAUCGCCGCUGAGGUACACCUCAAAGCUCCCAUCUGGAUGCAGGAUGUAGCUCUGCACGCCUGUGGGAGGAUCCCCGGUGGGAAAUCGUACUUCUCCAGCAUCUCGUAGGCGGUCGGCUUGUCGUCGUAGGAAACUGGGGUCUCAGCUAGCGACGGUGCGAGGAGCAGAAAAAGGAGAAGGAAAAAAACUGCUCCGCGGAUAGAAACGCCAAAAAGAUGGAAUUUUGAGGGCGAAUCCAUGGUAGGAUUAGGAAUUUAUGGGGAAGGAGCCGCCAAAGCUUAUAUCGAAGAGGAAAAAGCAGGCGAAGAGAAGGAAUUAUAUUUGUUCCAGAGAUCUUGGGUGCUUAUAUCGACUUUGGCUUCUUUCUCAUCUUCUUCAUUCAAAUCAACUCAAAACCUUCUGUAUUUUUUUUUUUGGUUGAGAAUUGAGAUAGUUUAAGACGCAAUUGUAA